AUGUUUUCCCACGCACUUUUGCGCCCACAAUUGGCCACAGUUGCCAUCGCCACCGGUGCAUUAGCCGGUACUGCAACAACGGACGAAAUGCUGCUGCUCGAUGAGGAUAUCCUCAUAACACAGGCGUACUACGGCAAUUCGCCGCUCUUUGCCUUUGAUUCAUCGUCGCUGGUGGAUUUUCAACAGUUGCUACAGAGUGACGCAUUCAAGCAGAAUAUGUCACUGACACUUAAUAUCUCGACGGAAAAUCUGACAGAUCUGUUAAAUACGGCGCAACUGAAUCAAACUUUAGAGCUACCACAGCAACAGCUUACCAUGUCCGUAUUAAUAACGCUCACCAUUUUCUAUGCAAUCAUUUUUGUUGCGGGCGUGCUGGGCAACCUUAUCACAUGCAUCGUUAUAUCGCGAAAUAAGUUUAUGCAUACAGCGACAAAUUUCUAUUUAUUCAACUUGGCUGUUUCCGAUUUGAUGUUGCUGCUGUCAGGCGCACCGCAAGACGUUUACAGUUAUUGGUAUCCGAAUGCCUUUCCAUUUGGGGAUGUGAUAUGUAUAUUGGGAAGCGUUUUAGCGGAAACCGCCACAAAUGCAACGGUAUUGACAAUCACAGCAUUUACCGUUGAACGAUACAUAGCGAUAUGUCAUCCAUUUCGACAGCACACCAUGUCC